GCUGGCACAGAGCUCCCGGCGCCGUGGGGAGGCAACUACAUCCAGAGAACCUGCAGACUGUGGCGCAACUGGUCUCGACAGCAGAGGCCCCCGAAUGCUGCCCGGGUGAGAAACUUGGGAAGGAAAACAUUUUCAACAAUGAAUAGGUCCCCCACCAUGACCGACUGCAGAUGACUUGCCAUUUCAUUCACAAAGAUGUCGUCUGCUGCUGAAAAUGGAGAUGCCACACCUGGAAAACAGAAUGAAGAAAAAACUUAUAAAAAGACUGCAUCAUCUGCUAUCAAAGGUGCUAUUCAGCUGAGAAUAGGAUACACAGUGGGGAAUCUCACUUCCAAGCCAGAUAGAGAUGUCCUCAUGCAAGACUUUUAUGUGGUGGAAAGCAUGUUCCUGCCCAGUGAAGGAGACAAUCUGACCCCAGCACAUCAUUACCCAGACUUCAGAUUUAAGACGUAUGCUUCACUAGCAUUCCGAUAUUUCAGAGAACUUUUUGGUAUCAGACCUGAUGAUUACUUGUAUUCCAUCUGCAGUGAACCUCUAAUAGAGCUGUCUAACCCUGGAGCCAGUGGAUCCUUGUUUUUUGUGACCAGUGAUGAUGAAUUUAUCAUCAAAACCGUUCAGCAUAAAGAAGCUGAAUUCCUUCAGAAGCUACUGCCAGGCUAUUACAUGAAUUUAAACCAGAACCCAAGGACUCUCUUGCCAAAAUUUUACGGACUGUAUUGCAUGCAAUCAGGGGGCAUUAAUAUCAGGAUUGUGGUAAUGAACAACAUCUUACCGCGCUCCAUGAGAAUGCACUUCACUUAUGACCUGAAAGGCUCCACUUAUAAGCAAAGAGCAUCCCGAAAGGAGAGAGAAAAAUCCAACCCCACGUUUAAGGACUUAGAUUUCCUGCAAGACAUGCACGAAGGGUUAUACUUUGACGCAGAAACAUACAACGCGCUCAUGAAAACACUUCAGAGAGACUGCCGGGUGCUGGAAAGCUUCAAAAUCAUGGACCAUAGCCUUUUGCUGGGAAUCCACAUCUUAGACCAUACCCUCAAAGAGAAAGAAGAGGAGAAUUCACAAAAUGUGCCUGAUACUAAGCGGUCUGGGAUGCAGAGGGUCCUCUAUUCCACAGCAAUGGAAUCCAUCCAGGGUCCAGGGAAAUCUGGAGAUGGGAUCAUCACAGAGAACCCGGACACAAUGGGAGGCAUUCCAUCUAAAAGCCAUAAGGGAGAGAAAUUACUUUUAUUUAUUAUAUAUUAAUACUACCCUCAAGAGCCCCUUCUUGAAAUAGUCUCCUCUCUUCAUUUCUGACAUCAUGCUUUUCUGAUUCUUUUCCCCUUAUAGGUUUCCUUUCUCUUGUUUUCCUUCCUUAUCUUAAAUCUUUUCUAUAUAUACUCUUCCUUUUUAGUGACUUCUAUUUUCUAUACCAUCCAUAUGCUGAUAAUGCAAUUAUUUAUAUUUCUAUACUAGAUCUCUCCUCCAACCUAAUUUAGACUCUUCUGUGAAACUACCUAUUUCAUGUCUUAUCUUGGAUGUCUUACACUCAGACUAGCAUUUGACACAUAUCAGUACUAUAUGAGUAUUAGCUAUUAUCUUAGUAUUUUUUUAAAUAAAUGGCACUAUCAUCUACCCAGUUAUUUAAGCUAGAAAACUUGAUUUCUCCCUUUUCCUCUUAGAGGAUGAUUUCCUCUAAUCAUCCAGUUCAUUACUUACAUCUUCAAGAUAAAUCCUGCUUCUAUACGCUCUCUUCAUCUCCAUUGUCACCACUCUAAUCCAAAUGCAACAUCAUCAUCUCACACCUGGCUAACUGCAAAUGUCCAUAAACUCUGGGCUAUUUAACAUAGUGAUUAAGAACCUAGGCUUUGGAAUUGAACUGGCUAGGUUUAAAUCCUGGCUUCACCACUUGCAAGUUGUAUGACCUUGAGUGACCUCUCUGCCUCUUUAUUUGUAAAAUGAAAAUAAUAGUAAUAAUAAUACCUACCUCAUAGAAUAGUUAAAAGGUUUAGAUGAGAUACUG